GUUUCAGAAAUUCGUGGCUCGACCAGCAAUAAUAAAGUGUGAACUUUUAUGUUGAAUUCAGCUUAAAAGCUAAAAACCAUGAUUUCUGCCGUGAGGUUUAAUGGAAACCCAGUAGUGGUAGGCAGUUCAAGAAUCCAAAGCAGGAGAAAGACUCAAUCUUUGUUGCUCAUUUCUUGCGCAAAGAAUGGGAAUCCUUCGUGCCUAAAGGGUGCCAUUGACAAGUAUUGGAGGGCAAAGUUUGAUAAGCAGCUGAUAAACCCAAUCGUAAUAGCCGAAGAGGGGGGAGCUCCUCUUCUUCCCGAAAAGCCCAGGAAAAGAGGGGUGGUUGAGGAGAAGGGUGCCCAAGUGGGGAGACAACAGAUGAUGGUUUUGUGUGGGUUUGGGUAUUGGGUUCAAGGCUUCAGGGCAUUUCCAUGGCUGGCUCUCAACCUCCACAUGGCUCAUGGGAUGAAGAUGCACCCUUCUACAUUGCAGCUUGUUCAGAACUCCGGGAACCUCCCUUUUGUUGCCAAGCCUCUCUAUGGGAUCUUGUCUGACACUCUAUAUAUUGGAGGUGAUCACAGAUUGCCUUACAUAUCCAUUGGAGUUUUCCUCCAGGUUUUGGCUUGGGGUCAAUUAGCACUAAUAUCUUCUGUAAGUGAAGCGCUUCCCGCUCUUAUGGCAUGUGUUCUUCUGAGCAACCUCGGAGCUUCAAUUACAGAAGUUGCCAAGGAUGCUCUAGUGGCAGAAUAUGGUCAGAAAAAUGAGAUGCCUGGUAUUCAAUCUUAUGCAUUCAUGGCUUCAGCUGCUGGAGGGAUGCUAGCCAACUUACUCGGGGGAUAUUUCUUAAUGAAAACACAACGACCCAGUGCCAUGUUUCAAGCCUUUACAGCUUUACUUGCAGUCCAGUUAGCAAUGUCGCUCUCAAUGAGGGAAGAAUCACUUGGUUUGGCUGAGUCUUCGAGUUAUACUGUUUUAAGGAAAUCAAUCCCAGAAAGUAUAAAAAGGCAGUUUUCUGAUCUCAUGGUUGCCAUUAGAGAUGAAAGCAUCUACCGUCCCCUUAUAUGGAUCGUUGUAUCCAUUUUGGCAGUGCCAGUCCUUUCUGGUUCCAUCUUCUGCUGCCAGACACAAUCCCUUAAUCUUGACCCAUCAAUUAUCGGGUUGUCCAAAGUGACCGGUCAAUUAAUGCUUCUCUCUAUGACUGUUUUGUACCAGCGGUUUGGGAAGAAUAUUUCUAUGAGAAAACUGAGUGGCAUUGUCCAGAUUCUGUACGCUGCUUCUCUGCUUCUUGAUCUCGUACUAAUCAAGCAGUUCAAUAUCAACAUGGGAAUUCCAAAUGAAGUGUUUGCUCUUUGCUUUUCGGGCAUUGCAGAGACCAUUUCAUCGUUUAAGCUCUUGCCAUUCUACGUGCUUAUUGCAAGUUCAGCUCCAUCAGGCUGCGAAGGAUCACUCAUGUCAUUCUUGGCAUCGGCUUUGUGUCUUUCAUCAAUAAUUAGUGGGUUUCUAGGCAUUGGGUUGGCUUCUUUCCUCGGGAUAACAUCUGGCAAUUACACAAGUCUCCCGGUUGGGAUAGUAAUCCAGUUUCUUGCUGCGCUGCUGCCUCUUGGAUGGCUUAAAUUCGUGCCAAUGUCACUACCCUCAGCUGAAAAGGAAAGGAAGAUAGAUACAAGUAAAAGGAGAAGUAGAAAUAGGAGGGCGGGAAAAGUUGUACUUCGUUGUAUCUAUCCCGAUAGACAAGAAAGACAAUCCGAUUUGCAGAGAUGAGAAUCUGUGCCCUGGAAGAAGAACAACACUGCUCAAUCGUGGCGAAUUUCACCCGAUUUUCUGCAACAAUGUUCUCUGCUUCAGUGACAAGAAAGUGGGCAAGAGUUCCCAGCAUAUAAGAGCUGUGUAUGAAGCUGAUAUUUAGAGAGUUUUAUGAGAUGAUGGGUGGACUACUAAGGCCUGAGAUGAUGAUAUAGAAGAGGUCCAUUUCCAGAAAAGCUG